ACACAAAAAGAAAUGGACUUCUUCAACUCAUCUGAUCAAAAUUUGACCUCAGAAGAACUAUUCAACAAAAUGCCAUCCAAGAUUCUGGUGUCCCUCACUCUCUCCGGGCUGGCCCUGACAACAACAACCAUCAACUCUCUUGUUAUCGCUGCAAUUAUUGUGACCCGGAAGCUGCACCACCCAGCCAACUAUUUAAUUUGCUCCCUGGCAGUUACAGAUUUUCUCGUAGCUGUCCUGGUGAUGCCUUUCAGCAUUGUGUAUAUUGUGAAGGAGAGCUGGAUUAUGGGCCAAGUGGUCUGUGACAUUUGGCUGAGUGUCGACAUCACGUGCUGCACGUGCUCCAUCCUGCAUCUCUCUGCCAUAGCUUUGGAUCGGUAUCGGGCCAUCACAGAUGCUGUGGAGUACGCCAGGAAAAGGACUCCCAAGCAUGCUGGCAUUAUGAUUACGGUAGUUUGGAUUAUAUCUGUUUUUAUCUCCAUGCCUCCUCUGUUCUGGAGGCACCAAGGAACCAGUCGAGAUGAUGAGUGCAUCAUCAAACACGACCACAUUGUUUCCACUAUUUACUCAACAUUUGGAGCUUUCUACAUCCCAUUGACAUUGAUUUUGAUCCUCUACUACAAAAUAUAUAAAGCAGCAAAGACAUUAUACCACAAGAGAAAAGCAAGUAGGAUUUCCAAGGAGGAGCUUAAUGGCCAAGUGCUUUCGGAGAGUGGUGAGAAGAGCACUAGACUGGUCUCCACACCCUACGUGCUAGAAAAGUCUUUAUCUGAUCCAUCAACAGACUUUGAUAAAAUUCACAGCACAAUGAAAAGUUCCAGGUCUGAAUUCAAGCAUGAGAAAUCUUGGAGAAGACAAAAGAUUUCAGGCACAAGAGAACGUAAAGCAGCCACUACCCUGGGAUUGAUUUUGGGUGCAUUUGUGAUAUGUUGGCUUCCUUUUUUUGUAAAAGAAUUGGUUGUUAAUGUCUGUGAAAAGUGUAAAAUUUCUGAAGAAAUGUCAAAUUUUUUGACAUGGCUUGGAUAUCUCAAUUCCCUUAUAAAUCCACUAAUUUAUACAAUCUUUAAUGAAGAGUUCAAAAAAGCAUUCCAAAAACUUGUGCGAUGCCGAUGUUAG